CGUUAUCAGCGUUAUUCGAAAUAUGGUCCUUUGGUCAGUCAUAAAAUGGUAAAGCAAUCUGUGAUACUCAGAUUAAAUAACUUCUAUUUACCUAUUUGCCGAUGCUUACUAAAUAUUUAAAAAUACCCAAACAUGUUUACUUUUGCGUGUGACUGUAGCCCCUUUGAAGUUUAUUCGACUGUUAGUUUGUUGGUCACAGCGCAGUAUAAUACCACAGGCUUGCUCGAAUAUCUUUAAAAUGGCUUUAAAAAUAACCUGUUUGUUUGUUCUUAUUGCGAUAUUGGCUGGAGCACGCUGUAUUCGUUCGGACGCUUGUCAGUGUGAGGAGUGUGAUACGUGCAUCUGUGUUUACGGGAUUAUUGGCGUAAUAGCGAGUUGUGAAAUUGAUGAACAGUGUCUUAGGGUCUCACAGACGGUUGUCGUGAUCGGUGGGUCCUGUUUUCAGCCGGGGGUAUCCGAACCCUCCACUACCCGUAAACCCCACGAGUAUAGUACGGGUGUUGAUGGCGCUGCGUACAGUACAAGUUGGGUGUCCCCCGAGCAGAAUACUACAACUUCCGAGCUUACAUCUAACCCGUGGACCGAGACGAGCCCUUCAACUCGGUCUGGCUUGGAUAUGGGGACGACUCAAAGCAGGGUGUCUGUCGGUAGUUCAACUUCUAAUGACACAGCUGGGGACCAGGCAACCGUUUGCUGCGUCCAUGUUACUACGGUCGAAACGUCAUCGUUCAUGCUCCCCAGCAACACGAACAAUGAUAAACAAUAUGUCAACACCGGUCUAACUGUGGGCCUCAGUGUGACAGGACUAUGUGUUUUUGUGAGUGGUUGUAUCGCCCUCUUUGUUUGCUUUAAGAAAUUCAAAAAAAGUGCGGCUGGUCAAAGGACUGUAACAGCUUUGGAAUUGGGGUCGAUAUAUAACAAAACAACCUGUGUUUAAUUCGACUCCUAAUACUGCUACAUACAUGUGUGUCAAUAUUCCGAGAUGCGAUCUCCUUAAGAUUCUAAAAUAAAUAUGUUAAUGUGACAAUGAGGCCGUAUAAACGACUGUGUUUGUGUGUGUGUGUGUUUGU